AUGGAGCGUAAUGACACAUUAGAAACCACGUUCGCUUCAAGCAUGCGUAAUAUAACAAAUUUUGAAUUAGAUGCUUUACUACAUUUCGAUAGCCCUCCACCUUCUUUACGGUUCUCGCGCAACACUGAAGCCUCCAAAGAUGAGGUUGCUAAAGAUGUUGAUCAACCAAUUAAUGCUGUACAAUUCAACCGUGAACCACUUCCAUCCCAAAUUGGCUCACAAGUUGAACACAUAAACUAUUUUUCCAAUGGUUUGGAUUUCACAAUGAAUUUUACACAAGAAAAUGCAGCGCGAAGUCAAUCUUUUGAAAUAAAUUCGAUGGAAGUAGAGAGUAUUGAAUUAAAUAACACUGAAAAACCGGAACGUGGAACCCAAACAAUGAAAAUUAAUAAUAAUAAUAUUGGAAAUCAGAUUUUAACGAAUAACCCAGCACAAAUAACAGACAAGACUUCUGCAUACAAGGAUAGUGGUGCCGUUGAAUGUAAUGACGAGGAUAUCAAAAAAGAAUUGCUGGAUCUAAGCGCAUUUGAAAACCUUUUCGAUGAUGAAGAUGUAGCUUCCUUUAAAAAUGCAUAUCUGGAUUUUUCGGCAGAUCAAGAGCUUUCAUGCGCCAAUGCAGAUGACAUAAACCGCAUGUGUCAAACGCAGCUGGAUGUCCCCAAACAAGAAAGUCAAGCUGAAAAACCAAUUUACACAUCGUGUCCCGUUCCCAUCCGUAUUCAGAAGACUCCCUCUUUACCCAGCACAAUAUCGCCUGCCAGUCUAUUAAAUUUGACCGAUUUCCCGCAAAAUAUCCAAACUGCAGCGUUGGAUUAUACACACAAAAGCGAUAAUACAAUCAAUACAGCGGUAACAAGCCACGGUAAUUUCUCACACCCGAUAGAAUCCGCUGCUGGUGAAACAUCAAACACAACAAAUACAAUAGCAACAGCCAGCUCAGCCAGCUGCGAUAUCACCUCCGUUCCAGUUUCUGUGAAGCAAUUGUAUGAUCUGGUACAUUCACAUCACUCAGACUUUGCGUUCGUGUUUGCGCUUAGCGCACAGCUAUGUCAGGAUCGCGUGCCAAUGGAUUGCUUUGUGAAUUUAAAAAUGGGUUGUUUGCUUAGUUUGGCUUCCAUUAGUACGAAUCCUGAUCGUCCACCCAUUCCGAUAAUGGCAUUCGGUCGUGAUAUUUAUAUUGCCAAUUUUCUGCUUACAAAUAUAGCACAACUGGCUGGUCGUUUGGUAGGGCCCGCUGAAAUUGUGAAACCACCAUCCUGUGCCAAGUACCGUAAUUGCAAUUGGUUUGUAGCGGACCCCAUACUGUUGGCCGAUGGUGGUGUCUACUUUGCCGGAGAUUGGUCAAGACUGAAGAUGCCGCGUGCCGAGCAGAUUUUUCGCAUAAUCGAGUGCUCUCAAGUGCCAGUCGAACGGUCUACGCAGAAACAACCUUUGGGUACCGCUAUAUGGGCACAUUGGCGCUCAGUAAAUGGCAAAUCCAAGGAUCAACAGACAUUUAACAAAGUUGUUAAAAUUUUUGGCAUACCCAUUUGCAUGGACGAUGAUGAGAAGCAUGACGUGCUCGUCGAUUACAUUUUAGAGCAGUCAUCAGUGAGAGUUUUCGAAUCGACUGUGGAUCACCUAUCAAUAAGCAGUGAGGAUAUGCGCGUCUAUUUGAAGGCAAUUUCACAGCGCAAUGUGGACUUAACACCGGAAGCAUCACAAUUAUUGCAAAAAUAUUUUGUGACCGCCCGAUAUGCACGACCAGAGUGUCUAACUAAGCAGGCCUAUGUCAUAUUAAAGCAAUUUUCAGAGUCGUUCGCAAAACUCUGUUUCCGUCACGAAGUAUUAGUAUGUGAUGUUGUAGCAGCAGUUUUCAUGUGUGAACGUUUCAUACGAUGUGUCUAUGGUGUUAGUGAAAAUACGCCACCACCAUUUGAAUCCCACAACUUCGUGGGUUCGGUGGAUGCAUAUAUGUUAAAAUUUCAGGACUGGCUUUAUGCCUACAUUAAGAAGUAUGAAGAUAAAUAAUAACACUAUUUAUCACUCCUAGAUUAAAAACACAAAUCAAGAAAUUUCUAGUUCUAACUUUUACUGAUUAAACUAAUAUUAGACACCUCAGCACUCUAACUUGAAUGAGUGGUAUUCUGCAUUCUCUGAUUGCAUUACGUUGUGGAAUAAAGGUUAAAUUGCAUAACGCCGAUAGUAAACGGAUUUACUUGCUUGCUUUCUGUGUCAUUCGAACAGAGUGAGUAGAUCUUAAAUAUAGGCCACUUCCUAGGAACCAGUAAGUGCGGCGCUCGGUACAAGUUGUUGAAAAACAAUAACAAAAUUUCUUGAAAAAAAUAGUUUAUUUUAUUUUUUCAUACUUUUUAGUUGUAAAGUUUACAAAUAGGUAUUCAUAUUGUAUAAUAUCCAUAAAUAUAUAUCUUUGAUAAAUGUAUAGAGCUAAACACUUUACGGUUGAAUUCAGUAAAGGGAGGAAAUACGUGCGUCAAUACAAGAAAAAUACAAGAAAAGGCUGUUAAUAAUUAAUGAAAAUAUGUACAUACAAACGUUUGACUUUUAAAAGAAAUUUAUUUAAAAAAAUUAUGUAAAAUUUUGUUUAAAUAUCAACGGAAAUAUUUAUGUUCAUUGCAAAUGAAGUAUAAAGGCACACAUCUAUAGAAACAUAUUUAUGUUGAGCUAGAUAAGCAGGAUAAUGAUUUCACUCUGACUUUUUUCUUUCGUAAAAAUGUUGAGCAAUACGUUGUUAGGUUUCUUAAGCACUUUUCUUACUAUUUCAGACUAUGGUCGCCUAUAUUUAGUAUAUAAGUAUAUUUAAGUGUAAACUUAAUUAAGUGUAUAAGUGUAUAAAAUACAUCCUUAUGUAUUAACAUCAAUUAAAUGGUCAGUAAUAAUUCCGUUGAAUUCUAAUGAAUAUAUGUAUGUACAUAAAUCC